ACACAUCCAAUCGGGGCACACAUAAACCCUACUACCGGCAAAAACAACCGUACAACUAGCGAUUUCCUUUGAUCAGUGUCCAUCUGCCAUGGCCGAGUUUGAAGUUGCAGAAGAAACGACUGACAAGAAAAUCCGAAAAGAUGACUCACCAGGAGAAAUGAAGCCAUGGGAGCAGCAUUCUGCUGUGAUUAGCAUCCCUCGAUAUGAUUAUAAAGCCCCAACUUCCAUGCUCCAUCGCUCCUUCGCUGGGUUUCUCGUUACCUGCCCCAUCAAGAGAGAGAAAAGUGCCACUAAAGAAGCCAUGUCCAUCCUUUACAAGUAUGUUGGGUCGAUAAAUACUUGCAGUUCUGAAGGAGAGGAAGACCCUCAAAAUGUUGUUCCGAAGAGAAGGAAAGUAGUUGUGAGUGAAGCAAAGGAGGAAUGCACCAAGCAUACAGAAAACAAGAUUUUGGAUGAAACCACUGGUGCUAAAGAGGUUUCAGAAGGUUCUUGUUUGUCCUCUUCGAAAUCAGAUGCAAAUAUAGAAAGAUCUGACCCUCUUUCGCUGGUUAAGCUGACAAAGAGUGGUUUACUUCUCCUUACAUUUUCAUGUGGCCAUUGUCCUGAUGUCGUGGACAUUGUGUCAAACAUCAUGCAGUCUUUGGAAUCUGGAAGUUUAAAAGCACCACUUUGGUGCCAUAGGAUUUUACCUAUCCAAACGACUUGUGUUUUGCACGAGAAAGAGCUGUGCACUCUGGUUUCCAAGCUUGUUGCAGACUUCAUGAAUAAUGAAGGAAAGGAACUUGCCCGACCUAUAAAGUUUGCAGUAGGAUACAACAGAAGAGGAAUUGAGGAGACAGAAUCGAAAGGUGCAAAUGGCAACUCAAAUCCAGUGGCAAUGCUAGAUCGUAGCAAAUGCUUUGAGGUCGUGGCUGCUGCUGUGAAAAGCAUUGUUUCGGACUCGGUUGUCGAUCUGAAAUGUCCAGAGCUCUCGGUUCUUAUCGAGCUCCUACCCAUUUCUCAACUACCGAAAGGGUCUUCACACGUGGUUGCUGUUUCGGUUCUUCCGCGAAAUCUCAUCAUGACAAAGCCUCGUUUGUGCAUCAAAGCUUUGGUUCCUGAUACGAAAUCAAAGAAGUGAAAGAAGAAUGAUAUGUGUUUUUGUAGUUUAGAGUCAUUUGAUCGUAUUAAGCAAGCACUUUAAGUUAAUUGUACUAGAAGUAGAAUGUUCAUUACCUCUAGAGUCUAAAGCAUUUAGAUAUUUUCAUUUUC